AUGACAGAAAUAGAUACCGGAAAUGAGCAGCUAAAUGCCGAGAUUAACCAGUGGUUGAAGUGGGACAAGAAUGAGAAAACCCGUUUGGCAAUAAAGACUUUAACUGAAGAAAAUAAUUACCCAGAACUGAAGAAGCUGCUGUUGCAACGGAUGGAAUUUGGAACUGCUGGCUUGAGAGCAAAAAUGGGCCCUGGAAAUUCUCAGAUGAAUGAUUUAACUAUCAUACAAACAACACAGGGAAUGGUGAAGUACUGCAAAGGAGUCUUGCCCCAGAUAGCCACUUCAGGUGUUGUGGUUGGGUUUGAUGGACGGCACAAUAGCCAUAGGUGGGCUAAGAUUGUAUCCACUGUUUUUGUGAAUGCAGGAAUACCUGUUUAUUUAUUUUCCAAGAUGUGUCCAACUCCAUAUGUGGCAUUCAGCAUUCGGUCUUUGAAAGCUGCAUGUGGGAUCAUGGUUACAGCCAGCCACAACCCAAAAGAUGACAAUGGAUAUAAAGUAUAUUGGAGCAAUGGAGCUCAG